UGGAUCGCGAUUCAGUAUCAAACUUUUGAACUGUGCAAGUCGUUUUUAAAUAAGAAAAAUGCAAGAAACUUCAAAAAAAGCGUGUUUAGCCAUAUUACUGGCAUUUUCAUUAAAAAAAAGAAACAAAGAGGAAGUAUUGGAGUCGAAGAUGGUACCUGGAGCGGCAUAGGUACACUCAUUUGAGAUUAUUGGAUUCGAUUCGACUUUGCAAGGAAUUAAGCGACUACGAAAGUUACUUUCGGAUCUCCACUGAAAGUUUCGACCAUAUUCUUGAAUUAAUCAGCCCAUAUAUAACUAAGCAAGAUACAGUUAUGAGAGCUGCAAUUUCGCCAAAAGAAAAACUGGCGGUGACUUUGCAUUAUUUAGCAACAGGAAGCUACUUUAAGCAGGUGCGGUAUACAGCGAUUAUGUCGCGGCAAGCAAUAAGCGAAGCGAUCAUGGACACAUGUGAAGCUUUGAUAUACGCUCUUCGAAACUGCAUUAAAAUGCCUAGUACAGCAGAAGAGUGGAGAAGUGUUUCUGAUGAAUUUCGUGUAUUACAUAAUUUUUAUAACUGCAUCGGCGCAGUUGACGGGAAACACGUAAAAAUAAAGCGUCCAAAUGGUUCGGGAGCGCUAUAUUAUAACUAUAAAGGAACAUACAGUAUCGUUCUUACGGCUAUUGCGAAUGCUAAAAAUGAAUUUGUCAUGGUUGAUAUUGGAUGCAAUGGACGCGUGUCUGAUGGUGGUAUCUUGUUUUACACUAAAUUCUGGGAGCGUUUGUAA